CUCUUGUGUGUGUUAUAUUUAUCUAUAUAUAACAACAACGAGUAACAUGAAGACGUCAACUUUCUUUUAACUCUCAAGAACAACAACAAUAGUUUUAACCAAGUGUUUCUUAUUCAGAUUCCUAUAGAUUUAAAUAUAUGCAAGAAACAUGAAUCAGCAAGAAACCGCGAGUACUCUUGAACUUGAUCUGAAACUAAACAUAUUGGAUUCAUCUUUGCCAACUGAUGAGAGCCCAUCUUCGUCGUUGUGUUCGGAGGAAGCUGAAGGUGGAGAAGGAGAGGCUAAAUCGAUUGUGGUCGUUGGUUGCCCUAAUUGCAUCAUGUACAUCAUCAUGUCUUUGGAUAGUAACCCUAGAUGCCCUAGAUGCAACAGCCAAGUUUUGCUUGAUUUUCUCACAAGAAACAAUAGCCAAAAGAGUAUUAAUUAAAAAAAUAUCCAACUAAGAAUGUUCUUUUUUUUUCUUGAUUUAUUGCCUCAUAUAUUGAUAGUUUAAACUACUCUACGAUGAACGGAUGUAUUCAUAAAACCGAAAUUCUAUAUACUUCUGUUUUUCAAGAACAUCGCUGAUCACUUUUAUUAUUUGUAUAAUUGUAUUAAAGUUAAGCGAUAAAUAUUAAUUCUUUGCAACAGGCGAUUGCAAAAAAAGACUAAUAUAUAAGAUUACAAAGAUUUUUUUCCA